CCAAGUGAGGUCCAGGGAUCCCCGGUUACAAGAGAGGGAAAGCUUAACAAGAAGGUGACAUCUGGGCAAAAAGGCAAGGGCAAAGCCACAAACCCAGGAGUGAAGCAGGCAUGCUCUGGGAACUUCGAGCAGCUUGGAAUGGCUGGAACUGUAUAAAGCAAGAAGGGGAAAGUAGCAGGAAGAUGGCCAGCCCAUGGACCUUUACCCUCCUCUGUGGUUUGCUGGCAGCCACCUUGGUCCAAGCCACCCUCAGCCCCUCUGCAGUUCUCAGUCUCAGCUCUGAAGUCGUCAAAGACGGGCUGACCCAGGAGCUAAAGGACCACGACGCCAUCAGCAUCCUCCAGCAGCUGCCAUUGCUCCGCGCCGUGCAGGAGGAGGAAGCCAACAGCCGCUCUGCGCUGGGCGACGUGCUGACCUCCAUCCUGAAACAAAUCACCUGGCUGAAGGUCACCUCAGCCAACGUCCUCCAGGUGCAGGUGCAACCUUCAGCCAAUGGCCAGGAGCUGAUUGUCAAGAUCCCUGUGGAUAUGGUGGCCGGAUUCAACACGCCCCUGGUCAAGACCAUCGUGGAGAUACAAAUGGAGGCCGAGGCCCAAGCCCUCAUCCGAGUGGAGACCGACGAGCAGGGCCACAGCCGCCUGGUCCUCAGCGACUGCUCCAACAGCCACGGGAGGCUGCGCAUCAGCCUGCUGCACAAGCUCUCCAUUCUGGUCAACUCCUUAGCAGACAAGGUGAUAAGCCUCCUGGUGCCAGCUCUGCCUAAACUGGUGAAAAGCCAGCUGUGUCCCUUGAUCGAGACAACCUUCGAGGAAAUGGGUGCAGACCUCCUGCGCCUGGUGAGGGCGCCUGUUCCUCUGGGCUCUGGCCAACUGGUGUUCGACCUUCUGUCUCCUGACAUCAAGGAUGGUGUCAUCCAGCUCAACUUAGGGGCCAAGUUGUUAGACUCACAGGGAGAGGUGACCAACGAGUUCAGUAAUUCUGCAGCAUCCCUGAUGGUGCCUGCUCUGGACGGCACCCCUUUUAGCCUCGUCGUGAGACAGGAUGUGGUGAAUGCUGCAGUGGGCACUUUGCUCCCUCCAGAAGAACUCGUGGUCCUGUUGUACUCUGUGCUUCCUGAGCUGGCCCAGCAGCUGAAGUCAAGCAUCAGGGCGAUCAGGGAAGAGGCUGCGAAUCAGCUGGGACCCACGCAGAUCGUGAAGAUCCUAACUCAGGAGACACCCGAGCUCCUUCUGGAUCAGGGCAGUGCCACGGUGGCCCAAUUGAUUGUGUUGCAGGUGUUCGCUACCAGUGAAGCUAGCCGCCCCAUCUUCACCCUGGGCAUUGAAGCCAGUUCAGAGGCUCAGUUUUACACCAACGGGGACCAACUUAUGCUCAACCUAAAUGAAAUCAGUUCUGAUCGGAUCCACCUGUUGACCUCGAGUAUUGGCCUGUUCAACACUGAACUUCUGAAAGACAUCAUCACUGAAAUCCUCGACUCCAUCCUGCUGCCAAAUGAGAACGGCAAAUUAAGAUCUGGGGUCCUGCUGUCGAUAGUGAAGGCGUUGGGAUACGAGGCAGCUGCCACGUCUGUGACGGAGGAUGCUAUUGUGAUCACCCCGGCUGCCCCGGACCACUUUCUUCUGUCCCGGUGAAGACAGGCACGGUGGGCAUCCAGGGCAGGCCGUGCGCAAGCUCUGUAGGCUGUGCCUCUCUGCAAAAAAAAUAAAAUAAAAUAAA